AUGGGCGAACAAUCCCCUUCUCAACCAUCGACUCAUACCCAAACUCGACCACAAUCUCCCAAACCCGAAACUCAUAACCUAAUUCCGCCGGAAUCCAGCGAUGUAUGUGUCGAUUCCGCCGGAGUUUCCGGCUCCAUCGUUUCAUCCACCACCAUAGAUGAUCAACGGAUCACAGAAUUAGGUAAUGUCUCGUCUCCGCCUUCCAAAAUCCCUCUCCGUCCUCGGAAAAUCCGGAAGCUUACACUCGACGGAGAAGCCACCGGUGAUUUGAAUCCUCACGAUGAAGACUGUAAAGCGGAGGAUAUACCCUCCAGGUUAACCUCGCCGCUCUCGACGGCUGGAAAAUCCGCCGGUAAGGGUAAACUGUCGCAAUCACGCGCCAUUACUGUACCGAGGAUCCAAGCUCGGUCACUCUCAUGCGAAGGAGAGCUCGAGGCAGCGAUUCACCAUCUCCGUAAUGCGGAUCCUUUGCUCGCCGCGUUAAUCGAAGUCCAUCCUCCUCCGACGUACGAGUCAUUUCAGACUCCGUUCUUGGCUCUGAUACGAAGCAUACUCUACCAACAGCUUGCAGCUAAAGCCGGACAAUCCAUCUACACACGAUUUGUUGCUCUCUGCGGCGGUGAGAACUUCGUCGUCCCUGAGACCGUCUUAUCAUUAAACCCGCAACAGCUUCGUCAAAUCGGCGUCUCGGGAAGGAAAACGAGUUACCUUCACGAUCUCGCUAGAAAGUAUCAAAACGGAAUCUUGUCUGAUUCAGCAAUUGUGAACAUGGAUGAUAAGUCUUUGUUCACGAUGCUAACGAUGGUUAACGGAAUUGGGUCAUGGUCUGUUCAUAUGUUCAUGAUAAACUCACUUCAUAGACCCGAUGUUUUGCCGGUUAAUGAUCUCGGUCUUAGGAAAGGCGUCCAGAUGCUGUAUAACUUAGAGGAGUUGCCUCGGCCAUCGCAAAUGGAACAGCUUUGUGUCAAGUGGCGACCUUACAGGUCAGUGGCUUCGUGGUAUAUGUGGCGGCUCAUUGAAGCUAAGGGUACACCAACGAGUGCUGUUGGUGUUGCAGCCGGAGCUGCUAUGUCGUUGCCGCCAUUAGAGGACAUUCAACUAGAACAUCAGCAGCAGCAACAACAGUCACAGCUUCUAGAUCCUCUUAAUAGUGUGUUCAGUAUUGGUAGAGAUUCAGCAAAACGUCGAUUGUCGUUGGGUACUAAUUGGUUAAACUCUUACUUGUGUUUUUCAGGAAGGAGUUGUGGACUAAAAACAAACAGAUCAAUGGAUGAAGAAGAGCUUCCAAGAAGUGGUGAAGAAGAAUGUAGAAUAUCACUGUUUGAUUACUCAGUUGAGAAUCAUUUGAAGGCGGUGGAAUCGAUCAGUGAUCUCUGUGGUGAAGCUAAUACUGAUAUUAAUGAGACUGUUAUGAACAGACUAUCAUCAUCAGUUACAUUCUUGAGGGAAUGGAGGCAUUUUAAUUUUGAACCAAAAAGUUUUGGAUUUUAUGACGAGGCUGAAAAAAGCCGCGAACAAACGAAUAGUCAAACUUUGCCUCAAUUUUCUUCAGCACGAGCUCCUAAGGAUUUGAUACAUGACGAUGAAUCAUCAUCAUCUGGUGAACCUAGCAAGGAUUUUAUUAUGCAUGUUGGAGGCUCUGUCUGGGCAUUAGAGUGGUGUCCCAGAGUUCAUGAAAAUCCAGAUGCUCAAGCAAACUGUGAGUUUCUAGCUGUGGCUACUCAUCCGCCUGGAUCAUACAGUCACAAGAUAGGUUUUCCACUUACAGGCAGAGGCAUUAUUCAGAUAUGGUGUAUUAUAAAUACCAGAUGCAAGAAAAAUAGCACCCAAUUUACAAUGAAGAGUCAAAAGUUGAUAGGAAAGACUCAAAAGAAACCAUCUGGUGAAACUAUUGAAAUAACAGAACCUAAAAAGCCGAGAGGCAGGCCCAGGAAGCAUCCAAUAGAGACAACAGAGCCUAAGAAACGAAGAGGAAGACCUAGAAAGAAUACUUCUGAGUUACCUAUUGAGCUUGAUGGUGACGUUCUAUAUGUUGAAGCUUUGUCUGUUCGUUAUCCGGAAGAGUCAGUUGUUCCCGCUACUCCUCUUCAGAUUCUAAGAGAAACUUCAGUUACAGAAACUAAAGUCAAUAAUGAAAGCACAGAACAAGUGUUGUCUUCUGAAAAUGCAAAUAUCAAACUUCCCGUACGGAGAAAGAGACAAAAAACCCAAAAUACUGAAGAAAGUUGCAAACCCAUGAUAUCAGAAGAUAGUGAAGAUGUUGGAAAUGUACUAUGCGAACCGUCCUCAGAUAUUUCUGAAGACAUUGCUCUUCCAAGGGUUGUUUUAUGCCUGGCCCACAAUGGAAAAGUUGCCUGGGAUAUGAAAUGGCGUCCCUCGUGUGCAGAUGAUCCUUUUAGUGAGCAUAGAAUGGGAUACUUAGCCGUCUUGCUGGGGAAUGGAACUCUGGAAGUGUGGGAUGUUCCAAUGCCUCAAGCAAUAUCAGCUUUAUAUUCAUCUUCAAAGAAAGCUGCGACUGAUCCUCGUUUUGUGAAACUGGCUCCGGUUUUCAGAUGUUCAAAAUUGAAGUGUGGUGACGCACAAAGUAUUCCUUUGACAGUGGAAUGGUCGACUUUAGGGAACCCUGAAUUCUUACUGGCUGGUUGCCACGAUGGCACGGUUGCUCUCUGGAAGUUUUCUACUACUAAAUCUUCAGAAGAUACAAGACCUUUACUUUUCUUCGGCGCAGAUACAGCUCCUAUUAGGGCAGUUGCAUGGGCUCCUUGUGAAAGUGAUCAGGAAAGUGCAAACGUAAUAGCUACUGCUGGACAUGGAGGACUCAAGUUUUGGGACUUACGUGAUCCGUUCCGUCCUCUAUGGGAUUUGCAUCCAGUACCAAGGUUCAUUUACAGCCUUGAUUGGUUACAGGACCCAAAAUGCGUUUUGUUGUCCUUUGACGAUGGGACACUAAGAAUCCUAAGCUUGGUGAAGAUUGCGUACGAUGUUCCCGCAACUGGGAAACCUUAUCCCAACUCAAAACAGCAAGGGUUAAGCGUUUAUAACUGUUCAACUUUUCCCAUCUGGAGUAUUCAAGUAUCACGACUAACAAGCGAAGCAGCUUAUUGCACUGCAGAUGGCUCCAUUGUCCAUUUCCAGCUUACGACGAAAGCAGUGGAAAAGGACACAAGAAAUCGGACUCCACACUUUCUCUGUGGAAGGUUCACAAUGAACGAUUCCACCUUUACAGUGCAUCGUCCAUUGCCAAAACCGAUCAAUUUGAAGAAACCGGUUGGUGAGACCGGUGAAAAACAGAGAUGCCUUGGAAGUCUCUUGAAUGAAUCUCCUAACCGAUACACAUCUAAUGUUUCAGAUGUUCAGCCUCUGGCUUUUGCACACGACAAGGAUAUAGGUUUGGAGUCUGAAACCGAGGAAACAAACAACAAAGCACCAAAACCAAAGGCUAAAAAAGGAAAGAACAAUCCAAGAGACGAGGAGGAAAACAGAGGAGCACUGGUCUGUGUUAAAGAAGAUGGCGACAAAGAAGAAGUAAGUAGAAAGGAAGCAUGUAGUAGCGGAAUGAAAGCGGAAGGAUUCCCUCCUAAAAUGGUGGCGAUGCAUCGCGUGCGGUGGAACAUGAAUAAAGGAAGUGAAAAAUGGCUAUGUUAUGGUGGAGCCGCCGGGAUUGUUAGGUGUCAAGAGAUUGCUACACUUGGUUUGGGUGCUAAACCAAACAGGAGACCUCAGAGAUAA